AUGAAAGUGAUUAGCAAACCACACCACAGUGAACAGUAUCGUACUAUGCUCGAUUUUUUGAUCAAAACUUUUAUUAGGAAUGUACAAACAAAGUAUUUUAGAUUAUUUCGAGAAGAUGAACCAAUGGUUAGUCAACUAAUUGAUUUAGAAAAGAUAACGUUUUUUAUCAUCACAUUAUUGAAGAGGGUACGUGGCACUCGACUUCAAUUUAAGAAAGCAUGCUGUGUGAUGAUUAAAUUUCUCGAAAGUUGUCAUAAAUCUAAUUUAAACUACAUGGUUUAUUUGAAAUACGAUAUUCGAAAACUAAUAAUAGCAUCAUUAGUAUUAAGCAUAACGAAUACGCACGAAGAUUUUGUUAAGAAGAUUUCAACAAGAGAAGCAAUACAUGAGUUAUAUUCAAAAGCAACUGGCUUACCAACAGAGGAAGUCACAAAUUGUACAUCUAUAGUGAGAAGUGUUGUAUUGAGACAAAAUAGAUUGCAAGAAGAAUCAAUAAAUAAGAUGAAAAGAUAUUUGCGGCAUACCGCAGAUAUAAGAGAUAAUGAAACCAAUAACAACAACAAUUUGGAUAUAAUAGUCGACCAGCAACAUACAUUGUUGCCCCAUGACUUUACAAAUCCACUAAACAUUUCCUCAAUCGAUUCACCAAAUAUAAUGAAUAACAUAGUUAGAAGUAUUGGUGAAAAUGAUAUCGCACAGUAUUCUGACAUCUUAGAAGGUCAAUACUUUAAUGAAAUUAAAAACUCUAAUGAAGAUACUUAUACAAUGCAAUGUGAAAUAGACAAGUUCAAUGAAAUGGGCAAGCAAUUAAUACACACUAACUUCAGUGUUGUAUAA